AUGUCCUCCUAUGGUGGUUACGACCGCACAGACUUUUUUGAGCCUACAUACCUGAACCAGAUUCCCGUGGCACCCUAUGAUGUCUUCUACCCACAGGCGCAACCUCAUUUGGAACCCCAGAUAAGUGGAGAACCUGUCAUUCCAUACGGAUGGCGUCCGGACUGGUCACGUCCAACAGAAUGGAUACCACCAACGCAAAUUUUGCAUACUCUACCACAGGACCAUCGCAACACUUAUGGGUAUGUGGACAUGACCAACCCAGUAGAAAUAAAACCUUCGAUACUAAAGCCGUUGACUCGAGAAACGCCUGCCAACAAACCAUUCCGCUGCCAACUUUGCGGCAAAUCGUUCUCGCAGGCGGCAAAUCUGACGGCUCACAAGCGAGUUCAUACCGGUGAACCUUAUCGAUAA